AUGGCGGAGAUCCAGACGCUGCAGCCGCCGCCGACUAGCCGAUUGGAAGGUGGACGAGUAAAGGAAGUCCACUCGCCCGAGAAGCUAGAGAGGAAACUGAAGGCUAAUCCGAGGGAAAACACACUCCGGGCCAAGAGGCAAGCGGUCUACGCAGCAAUGGACGCGCUUGAGGCGGCGGGGGCGUCAGAAGUCACCUCGCCAAAGACCAGGUACGGGGCGAGGGCCUUUGGGAAGCCGCUCAAGGCGCAGCUGCUCUCCGCGCGCGCGGAGGUGGAGAAAGCGCACGCCGAGCACGGGGCAGAUUCCUGGCAGCGCCGGUGCCUGCACCUGCUGCAUAGCCACCGCGUGCAGCUCUUUUUCAUCCUUCUGCUCGUGUUGGACAUGCUGAUCGUCAUCACCGAGAUCUGCCUCGAUCUCGAGUACCCGUCGUGCAGGCUAGCCAAGCGCGACACGGUCAGCUGCUGCGCCGCAGGAGAGGAGGGCGAGCACCACACGCUGCGCUAUCUCGCCGAGGCGGAGCACGGCGGGCAUCAUAGCCUGUGCGGCAAGGGCACGGUGGAGGGCCCGCACGGCGUGGGCUGCGACGAGCACGCGCACCCCGCCGUGCACACUGCGCAUGCGGUGCUAACCUGGGCGAGCGUCGCGAUCCUGAGCCUCUUUGAGAUUGAGCUGCUGACGCUGCUCGCGGCGAGUGGUCUGCGCGACUUCUUCUCGAACGUGUACUAUGUGCUCGACAUCGUCAUCGUCUCAGCGUCGCUAGUGCUCGAGUGCGUCUUCUACAACACGGCGGGGCUCUCCGACCUGAUCGGGCUCGUCAUGUUCCUCCGCUUGUGGCGGCUGCUGCGGAUCGGACACGCCAUGUUUGCGAGCACCGAGCGGGCCAGCUCGACCGACAAUCUGAAGGAGGUAGUGAGGGAGCUGCGGGCCGAGCUCGACCUCCUGUCGGAAUGGGCGGAGGAGGAGGAGCGGGCCAGCGCGAGGGCGCCGCCUGACGACCCUGGCGUGGAUGAUAUCGGCUAA